GUGGCGACGGUGGUGGUGGCGGCGGCGGCGGUAACGGAAGCGGAAGUGGCAGCAGAAGCAGCAGCAGCGGAGGUGGUGCUGCUGGAGACGAAGAAGAAGAAGAAGAAGAAGUCGUCGUCGUUGUCGGGAACGGAAGAAACGAAAAUAUCGUCGACGGUCUUCUCAGAGAUUGUGGCAGCAGCACGGAACCCAGUAUUGGCCUCACGCCCGACGACGAGAGUCCUUCUUUAGGACAUCAAUCGGAGGACGACGGUUACAUGAGCAUGAAUGGACGGAAAGCGAAAAUGGCGUUGUUAGCAUUACGACCGGUUCCGGACUGUCCGGAGCCACAAGAUUCAGCGGGAUUACCAUCGCAGGAAUUUCCUCCGCCCCCCGAAGAAGCAGAACGCAUUAUUUCUACCCUAUUACCGAUAGUCUCCCCCGGAAACUCGUCGAAGAGAACGAGCCAAUCGUCGGAACGACGAAGUGGUAGACAGCAAUGGAUGAUAACUAUGGAGGAUAGCAUGCGCCACGGAAACGCGGUUACCACCCAGACAACUCUUCCGAAGACCCGACAUCGAAGACCGUACGGAUGGGAGAACGGUAACGCAGAUAUGGGUAGAACGAAACGAGAACCAGCAAGUUCUAGCCCGCCAAGUAAAUUUGCUAGUCUACCGUACGAUACCAAAGUGUCGUUCAAUUGGAUACCACCUAGGACUAAUCCAUGCACCAUCGAGAAACACCGUGAAGUUAGGCGUCGUUCGUCCGAGGAGGAUCUGGAGAGGGAUCGUCGUCGUAAGAAUCCUGAAAAGGAUCGGACCUCACAUUUGCGAAAACAGAGGCAAAACGAGAUCAUGAAGUCAAGCAGCGUGGAGGAUAGAUUACUGAUGAAUCAUAAUCACAGUCAUAGUCACAAUCGUAUUCAUAAUCGUAGAGGUUUAGGAGGAGGAGGUGGUGGAGGUGGAGGAAUAGGAGUAGGACUAGGACUAGGAGGAAUUGGUGGUGGUGGUGGUGGAGGAGAAGGAGGUAGCAGCAGUAACGGUGGUGGUAGCAAUGGCGGUGAUGCAAGUGGCGGUGAUGCCAGUGGAGCAGGGCUCGAAGAAAUCGGUCAAAGACGACGUAGAAACGAUUCGGACUCGAGCGAGGGCAGAUUUUCACGUAACUCGGAAUCCGAAAGAUCGUCGAUACCACGUUCGAGUUCGGUAAGCGUCGAGAGGUUCUCGAUGAGAGCCAACUGCGACUCGUCGGACUUUUCCAGGGCGAAUUCAACCUCGAACGAAAGAUUCCACUCGGAUUUCUCGAUAGCCGUGGCAAGUGCCAGCUCGAAUGAUCACGUUUCCAUACCAACCUCCGAUCCAUUCUCCAUUCGGAAUCUCGACUUUGUUUCGUUUUCAUUGCCACGUGCCGAAUCAAGCGAAAGAUUUUCCGGUCGCACCUCCGACAGAUGUUCGGAGGAACGUUACUCCGACAUGUUCUCGACGAGAAAUUCCGAUUUCUCAACGAGAAAUUCAACCGACUUUCGUACUCAAUCCGAAGAGGAAAGAUUUUCCGACGAUUCCUUGGAAGAGCUCUUACCACCACCACCGCCCAUCAGUAAGAGACACUCGAUCGCUUGGGAAGUGUCCUUAGAAGACGAUCCUCUUUACGCCCCUGGUAGCACCAAAGUUGUCGGUAGGAGACGUCGAAAGAGCAGCGACGUUUCCAGCGUUGGAUCGGCAUCGAAACUACGUGACUUUGACGAUUGGCAAGAUCCAAGGCUCUCGACUACGGACGACGAUUUGAUAUCACCUUACUCGGAUUCCUCGACGAAUGAUCUCGAUCAAAUUCGUCCACAGGAUUUGAGCAAAAACGGGACGUACGUAAUACGACGUGGCCGUAAAAAGGAACGAAAAGUUUUGCCAAAGAGCGCUGCCACCAAGACGAAAAGUUUGUCGUUCGAGAAAGCUGAGGAAAAUCGAUUUUCGGACGUUAAACGAUACUCGACAACGUUCGACAAUAUUAAAAGUCUUUUGAAGGAUAAUAAUAAAAUGAUGGAGGCUGGUAAAAAAAGGAGAUCGUCGGAAGAAAAAUCGGAAGAUUUGGACGAAUUACCGAACGAGUUUGCCGACAACGUACCACCACCGGAUCUGAUCAGAGUCGUUUCCUUACCGAUAACCAACAACAACGAUAAUAAUAAUAAUAACAAUAGCAACGACGACGACGACGACGACGACGAAGAAGAAGACGAAGACGACGAAAAUGACGAAGAAGAAGAAGAGGAAGAGGACGCGGAGGACGAAGAGGAAGAAGAACACAAUCGUGCUGUACCUAAAAAUCUUGGCGUAAAGAUUAAUUCCGAGGAAACGUCGGUAGGACAAAAAUUGUUCGGCAAAAUGAAAAAGGAACGUCAUCAACAACAACAACAACAACAACAACAGUUGAGCGAAAUUUCACGCGAAAGGUUAACGUUGAAUAAUUUUUCCAUCAGCACCAGCAACAAAGAUACGAGCAAGGAUUUUGGUAUCGAUAGAGAAUGCAACGGUGGUAUACCACUUUCAAUUUCUGCAUCUAAAGCAUUGGAUAUCGGUAAACCGAUCGAUUUUCUUCUCGAAGAAAGAUCGAAAAAAUUAACGAGUACUACUAGCAGCGAAAGAUUGUCAUCCAAAAUACCGGUCAAUCUUUUGAUCGAGGAUCAAAUAGUGAAAAAGGCAUUGAACGAAAAUCGCAGACAAUUGGAAAAGGUCAGCGAUGCCAUCAAGGAGAUUGAAAACGUUAAGAACAGCGAGUCUUAUUCCGAAAACAAACGAUGGAAAAAUGGCGACGUUAGGGCAUCCUCUAGGAGGAACAGUUACGAGAACGAUUCGAUCGAACGAGCAAAUCGAAAAACUUUGGGCAGCCCUUACGAGCCGAGAAAUAGAAAACAACAGAGUUCAGAUUCGGAAACUUCGAAGACCAGCUCGGAGAGCGAUUUCGAUCGACGAAAAGCUAAUGGGACGGACAUUUACGCGUCUGGUAGAAGAUUGAGACAAAAUGGUUUAGAAUGUCAUAAAAAUAAUCAGAAACAAAUCGAGCAUGUGAUAGAUGCUAUAUUGGAGGACUCAAAAAAUCCUGACUUUCAGGUAAGCGUCGAGGUGCUCGAGUUCCCGCCAUUGCCACCGUCACCUGUCGAGGAAGCGGAUGAAGAAAGUUCGGAUGUUGGACAAAACGCAGUAAUCAGUAAUACCAGAUCAAAGAGUCAUAGUAGUAACAGAACAAUGGAAUACAGGCCUAGAGUGCCGCCUCAUCGCAGCCAAGUGAUCGAUACCAAAGAUCAUCAAACCUCGCUCAAUACGAGAUCGAUGGAUGCCGGAUUUUCACGUGGCAGACGUACACCGACAGCCAGUAAUUCUAGAAGAGAGGUACCGGUGGAAAGAAGGACACUGCCAACGGAUUUGCCAGGGCCCUCAUCGAGACGUCGACCAUUCGCUAAGAGAAAUUCACCCUCUACGGAUGGGGGGGGAUGCAUUUCGAGCGUUUCUGGUGUGAACGGUGGUGUCAACGGGGCUACCGUUGCUCAUGGCAGUGCCAAUGGGGGUGGUGGAAGUGGUGUCAAUGGUGGUGGAGUUAACAGCGGAACCGCGACUAACGUCGUUGCAGCAGCCAGUGGUGUUGGAGGAACAACGGGCAUGCAAACUUCUUGCUCGUUACCGGAAACUCCUGUUUUUGCCAGGGGCAGCGAUAUUCCAAGGACUCCUCAGCAUGCUGGGGGGAACCAAGCGCAAACUCGCAGGCAACCCGGUUGGUACGCACCGACUACAGCAACCACUGGCGGGUAUCGAAGGAACAAUCCUGGUCUGGAACAGGCGAUUAUUGGAACGGAAUUGCUCCGACUGGCUGGUGGGCCCAAUCGUGGAUGGUACCCAACGAGAAAAGCCAAUCAACCGCGGCCAGCUUCUAUCGAACAUCUCGAACGGCUUAACAACGCUUACGACGCUAGAUUACCAACUGGCACUGAUCAGAGGAAACCGUUAACCCUGCCGACGAACAUCACGCCCAACAAAUACUUCGGCCAAAGUAAGCACAGCUCCGCGUCCAGCACUCGCGAGGCGCUACGGAGGGUCACUAGCUUGCUCAUCAAGAAAGGGAGUGGCAGUAAAGAUGGGAAAAGUAGUAAGGACAACGCUUUACCUUCUGGUCCUUAUGCCGCCGCUGAGAGUGGCGAGGCGCCAAAGAAGAAGGGCUUUUUCAAGGGUUUCUGGAAAAGAUCACGACAUUAUUCGUUGGAGAACCAAUAGCCCAGGUGUGGCAGGGUGAUCAACGGUUGGCAAAGACAGAGACAGGGCCAUCAACAGCAGCAACAACAACAACAACAACAGCAACAGCAACAACGUUCCCAGCAACGCGUUGCCACGAGGACUCUUGCUAGCAACCCCUGCUGUUGCAUCGUUCAAUAACCGCGAAUCUUUCCUCCGUAAAAUAUCGUUUACACGAUAUAAUACUCCCUUUUCAUCUAUAUACAUAGGUAUGUCCGCGUCUGGGUUGCUUAUGCUACCAGAUCAUGACCAUCAUGAUCAGAACAAAAAUUAGAAUGAAAAAGAGAAAGAGAGAGAAAGAGAGAGAGAGAGAAAGAGAGAGAGAGAGAGAGAGAGAG